GCGGGUUUGCGGAUCGCCGGCGGGUUUGCGGAUCGCCGGCGGGUCAGUUGCGGAGCCCGGGGCUGGGAGAGGGAAACCGGGACCGAUCGUUAUUUGGAGCGGAAUUUCACAUCAGAAUCCGUCGAACUAGGGAUGAAGGCAAGGCAGUCGGUGUUGUCUCCAUGGACUUUGGCAAGACGGUGCGAACCUGGGAUUCCUUGACACCGUCGCGGGAAGCCUAAACAGGGAGAAGCGCAGGAACUUCAGGAGUGAAAAUGGACGCAGAUCUGGCGAUGACGAUGCCGAUAUCGACCAUAGCCAACCUCUUGGAGAAGUGGGAACAUCCGCAGCUCCUCCAGCUGACAAGUCAUUACCGGCUGAGGCUGGAGCAGGCGGUCGAAGAUUCGGUGCAAGGAGUCAGCUUCACUUUAACGUACGAGGGACUCCUGAGCACCCGGGAGCACCAGCAAAUCGUCCGGCGUUCGGAGAGAGGGAGCAGGGCCUCCGGUGCCAAACUCCUCCUCGGCACGGUGACGGAGAAGGCAGCCCCGGCCCUGAAGCUGGUUUGGAGGAGCCUGGUGAAAAUGCGCCACGUCCUGCCGAAGCUGGGCGAGCUGCUCGUGGAGAUGGACCGACAAGGUCCUGAUCUCGUGGAGUCCUUGAAGGUCGUACAGGUCACUUCUGAAGUGCCCCAGAAUCUGAAAGACACUCACCAGACGCACAAGGAGACCCUGCGGGCGCAGACCGAGACGCUGAGGGUGAACACGAUCCUGAUGAGGGAGAAGGUGAAGGUUUUCCAGCUGGUUGAUCGAUACGCCGAGCUCACGGUCAUCUCUACUGUCCGGGAUCGGAAACUGCUGGAACAUGAGCUGCAGGCCAGAGGCCGAGACCACGAGGUGUGGAGAGAAUACCUGAUACAGAAGGACCUGGAAAAAAUUCGGACCGAUCAAUUGUUCCAGUGUUGCUUUUCCCGGAGUAAAUCCCAAUCUGGAAGUUCGUCAGCGGUGGCUGGAGUCCCAGGGAUCGGGAAAACAACAAUGGUACAGAAGAUUGUCUAUGACUGGGCCACGGGCAAAAUAUUACAACAAUUCCAGUUUGUCUUCAGUUUCAAAUUCCGGGAUUUAAACUCCAUUAACUGCAAAAUAAGCCUGAGGGAACUGAUUCUGGAUCAGUAUCCCUACUUUGGGAAUAUCCUGGGGGAGGUCUGGAAGAACCCAGAGGCAUUGCUGUUUAUAUUCGAUGGCUUGGAUGAAUUCAAUGACAGAAUUGAUUUUGCUGACAGUCGGGGAUGUACAGAAGCUCAGUCCACAUGCACAGAUCCCGAAUUCCAGUGUACGGUGUCGGACAUUGUGUACAGUUUAAUCCAGCACAAGCUGCUCCCAGGGUGUUCCGUGCUGGUGACCACCCGCCCCACCGCGUUACAUUUAUUGGAAAAGGCAGACAUCACCCUCUGGGCUGAAAUCCUGGGAUUUGUUGGUGAGGAACGGAAGGAAUAUUUCAUCAGGCAUUUUGAUGAUCAGACGGUGGCGGAAGCUGUUUUCAAACACGUGAAGGAGAACGAGAUCUUGUACACCAUGAGCUACAACCCCUCCUACUGCUGGAUCCUCGCUCUGGCACUGGGCCCCUUCUUCACACAAAGAGUCAGGGACCCGCAGCGAGUUCCCAAGACCAUCACCCAACUGUACUCCUACUAUAUUUACAACAUCCUGAAAAACCACAGCUGUGAGAUUGAGAACCCCCGUGAUGUGUUACUCAGGGUUGGUCAGAUGGCCUUCAGAGGGGUGUCCGAGAAGAAGAUCGUGUUUACAGAUGGAGAUUUGAUCAAGUUCAAUCUGCAGCCUUCCCAGUUCCUGUCCGGGUUCCUGAUGGAGCUUUUGGAGAGAGAGGAUUCUGCCCGGAGCGUGGUGUACACAUUCCCACACCUCACCAUCCAAGAGUUUGUAGCUGCAGUCGCACAAUUCCUGAUCCCAGAUGGCAGAGAUAUUACGAAACUCCUCACUGAAGCCCACUGCGCGACCGAUGGGCGAUUUGAGGUAUUUCUCCGUUUUGUUGCCGGUCUCUCCUCCCCAAUGACAGCUCGGGGCCUGGAGGAGUUUCUGGGCCCAUUUCCUCACGAGACAACCUGCCGGGUGAUUGACUGGGUGAAGAAGGAGGUUAAAUGCCAGAGUGGAAAGACGGAGAGCGAAGCUGGUAAAAGGAGGCUCCUGAACACGUUGCACUACCUGUUUGAGUCUCAGAACCCUGGGCUGGCUCAGGACACGCUGGGAUCUGUGGAAACACUUUCGUUCAGCGGGCUGCGACUGACCCCGAUUGACUGCGCGGUGCUGUCUCGCGCCAUGCGUCACUGCGGCACGAUAAGAUGUCUCAAUCUGGAGCGGUGCGUCGUUCAGUGUGAAGGACUUCAGCGGCUGGGAUCGGGACUGCACAAGUGCCAGGAACUGGGACUGGGAGACAACGACCUGGGAGAUUCAGGAGCGAAAAUUUUGUCUGCGGCGCUGACGAACCCAGAGUGCAAAAUACAGAAACUGCGGCUGUUCAGGAACCACCUUACAUCUUCCGCUGAAGAUCUCGUCUCUGCAGUCGGUAGAAACCGCUCUCUGACGGAGCUGAACCUCGGUGAAAACAACCUCGGGGAUUCCGGAGCGAGGCUGCUGGCGGACGUUCUGGGGAACCCGGCGUGCAAAAUACAGAUGCUGUGGUUGGGUGGUGUCGGUCUCACAGUUACUGGUGCCGAGCACCUGGCCUCGGCUCUGGGCGCGAACCGCUCGCUGACAGAACUGUACCUGGGAGCCAAUAAGCUGGGGGAUUCUGGUGCGAGACUGGUGUGCGAGGCCCUGAGGAACCCAGAGUGCAAAAUUCAGAAACUGUGGCUGUGGUCCAACGGUCUCACGGAUUCCUGCGUCCAGGACCUCACCUCCGCCCUCUGUGACGUCAGCUCUUUGACGGAUCUGGAACUGGGAUCGAACUCCCUCACGGACCGAUCUCUGUCGGCUCUCCGGCGCCUCAUCCUGACCCUUCCGCGGCUGGACUGGAUCGGGUUCCGGGGGAAUCAGUUCAGCUCGGAUGGAGAGAAUCAGCUGAGGUCGCUGCAGGGAACCCGACCGAGACUGGGUGUGGGGAUAUGACCCUCCGAGUACGUAAGAUCACCGCGCUCGGAGUGGGAAUAUUUCCAUGGAAUGUACCGCAGAACGGCGUGGAAGAGGGGUGAUAGAGGGGCACAAUUGGGCCACUUGCCCCGUCGAGCCUGCUCCGCCAUUUCAUCGCGGCCGAUCCAGUUUCCCCUCCCAGACCCAAUCUCCUGCCUUCUGCCCCGUGCCCUGGCCGAUCAAGAAUUUAUCGACCCCUGCCUUAAACGUGCAUAAGGACUUGGCAUGUGUGGCUGAAGAAAGACCCUCGGAUUCACCAGGCGCUGGAUCGAGAGAUUCCUGCUCGUCCGGUUCUUACAGGACGCCCCUCUGUUCCGAGGACUCUGUCGUCGGCUCUCCCGCGGCAGGAGACGGGAUCCCAGUGUCCGCAGCCUGGACCCGCAGUAAUCGGGGAUGCGAUGGCCGAAAAGGGGAAGACACGCUCUCUUAUUUUGUCUCUCGUCUCUUUUGCACUGAUUUGCCCCUGGUUACACGUACGAGCCCGCAGGACAGAUUCACUUGCACUUGCGGCUCAGAUAUGGAGGGAAUUGCCCCGGAACCCGGAGCCUCGCGUGUUUCCGCAGCUGCGCCACGAUGUUAUGCUGAAUAAAUGUAUCAGCGACCCAAGCGUGGUCCCCGGAGUUGCUUUUAUUCAGCGGACGUGGGGCCCUCCGGCUGAGUGUCGGCCGCCGGUGCCGCGUUCAAGUGGGCCGACCGCACCGCUGUCAGAGUCCGAAUGAAACCUGGCGGCGGAUCUGCAUUUCGGAGGGAGACUGGAAAUCUGGCCGGGUGGAGCCGCAAGCAACCGGCCACUCAACGUCAACCAGGCCAGGGAGCUGAUCAUUGAGCU